UUCCAACCACCCUUUCGUGUUUCUCCUAGCUUUAAGCGGCAAUUUCUUCUAGCUCUCGUGUGUUCUUGGCAUCAACCUUCUUGUACCUUCGACCACAUAGUGAAAAGUUAGAGAUGACAACGACAAGAAAGGAGGUACCAGUAUUUCUUCAUGUUCCUCAUGUAGAAGUAGGAAAAUUGAUUUGAACUACAUCAACAAGAGCGCCACGAGCAGAAGGCAGAAGUUGGUGCUCGUUGAUACCGCAGACAAGGUGGACUUGUUGGACUACUUUGACUUACUUUGAAUCACAACUACUACUGCAAAAAUGACAGCCGUGAAGUCAUGCUCCGAGAGCGCUCUGCAGUCGAUUCUGAAUGAUGUCUACGAUCCAGAACGAUUGAAGCGGCAGUGCCAAAACCGUUUGAAUGCGCAUCUUGUCAAUACCGUGUGUCUCUGUCUCGAGAAGGCUGCAAGCAAGAGCAACGACGUGUUAAUAUGAUUAUGGGUGUAGGGAAUUCAUCUCCAAAGUCAUCUGGAAGAGAAAGACAAGAGGAAAAAGGGGCCCAGAUGAUCCCUGAGAUGAAUUCGACACUAUAACUUCAACAUUAUAACAGAACAGUUUAUAAGGUUUCCGGGGGCCGGUUGGCAUGGCACGAAUGGAACGGUUGGAACGAAUGGCAGGCAUCCAAUCCGGGGCUUCAAUGUGCUCCGCCAUUCGUGCCAUUCGUGGACCUUUCAGACCUUCGAGAGCGGGGCGCCCUUCGGGCGCCCUGCGUUUUCAAGCGGUACCUCCCCCGCGGCGUUGCCGCUCUCUCCGAAUGCUGCGCACAUACUUUGGGAAUCCCACUCGGGCGCCCUGCGACCAAUCUGCCACACCCUCCACGGCGUUGCGCUUCAGUAGGCUCCCCAAGCCCGGCGCCCUUCGGGCGCGUUGCUUUUGCUCCAGCCCUCC